GAGAACUGACCACCUUUCACCAGCUCUGAGGAUGUAAAUCAAAACAGAAUAAAGGCUCAGCAUUACUAGUAACUGCACGGGAUGACCCUCACACACACAAGGGAUCCAGGAUCAAAAAGGCCAACUUCUUCCACCUCUUUUCUGGAUCAGCUUUCUCUGCCUGCAUCCCUGCAUGGCAUAGACACAGAUAUGAGCGAUCAGCAAGUGAUUUAUUCCACCCUGAGAUUUCUUCAGUCUUCUUCAGAGUCACCAAAUAGAUUAAGGCCAGGUGGGACUCAAAGGCCUGGGAAAAAUGAUGGCAAAGGGUUUUCAGUGACCUGGCAUCUCAUUGCAGUGAUUCUUGGGAUCUUGUGUUUACUACUAUCGGUGACAGUCGCCCUAUUGGGGACAAAGAUUUUUCAGUAUAUUCAAGAAAACCAUCAGCUGGGGGAAAUGAUAGGAAACCUGACUCGAGAGCACCACAUUUUGCAAAAUGACAGCUACUUAAAGGAGCGACUUUUGACAAAUAUGACUUUAGAAUAUAACAUUCUCAAAAAUGAAUCGCUUCAGCAGAAAAAGGAACAGGAUUUACUGUUUGUAGAUAGGAGAUGUCAGAAAGAAAAUAAAGGCAAACUCUAUGAAAACCGCUGGUCCUGUUAUGGAAUAAAGUGUUAUUAUUUUAUUCCUGAAAGUAAAAACUGGAACGGAUGUAAACAGACUUGCCAAAGUUAUAAUUCAUCUCUUUGGAAGAUAAAUGAUGAAGAUGAACUGGCCUUUAUUCAAUCCCAAACUUAUAGGAAUAACUACUGGAUUGGAUUAUCAUAUGAUGAUAGAGAACAAAAAUGGAAAUGGAUUGACACUGGUCCACCUUUUGGGAUUAACUAUACAUUCAUGAGUUCUUCUGGAAGAGGACAAUGUGCAUUUUUAACCCCAACAAGAAUAACAACUAUUGAGUGCUCUAAGACCUACAAUUGUAUCUGUGAGGAGAGAGUUGAUGCUGUUUUCUCUGCCUGCUGCAAUAUAUACAAGAAGAAAAGGUGCAAUGGAACCUGAUAUUUGUUUGUUUGUUUGUUCCUGUGAUAAUUUGUGAAUACUUAACAAACUAAUGUUUUUGCUACUAGGAGUUACUUUACUGUGGAAACAGAGAUGAGUGGGAAAAGGAAGGAAAUGUUCUUUUGGACUAUGAUUUAAGAGAUCAGAUGCCAUCUGUCUUCUUGAGAAAGAGUGCAUGCUUUUGUCUUUGGAGAGGUUUCCCCUUUCUUUAAUGGUCCUGAGAAAUUCCCUUUCUCUUUCCCUGACCUACCCAUAGAACCAAUUAGACAACUCUGAUAGCCUGGUCUUUUCCUUAUUAGUAGGAGAAAUGGGAUAAAUCAUUUCAGUAGCCUCUGGGUUUGAGAGGUGGCACAAUUAAGAACUAAAAUAUAGUUAUUUUGCCUCCCCUCCCAUCUAGAUAAUCACCUUUCAUUAAAAUGGUUUUACUUUGCUAUAAUUUCAUACUUCCUCAUAGUUGAAAAAAUUGUAUAAAAACUCUCCUGUAACCUUUGCACGUAGUUACCAUUUGUUCAUAUUUUGUUCUACCUGUGCUUUACAGUUCUCCUCUCUCUCCCCUACUCCCUUGCUGUUCUAAUUGAUAAUAAAUUGGGGACCUUAUGUCCCUUUGUCUAAAUAUUUUAUAAGAACAAGUACUUUG